UUAGAGCAAUCUUUCACUGCUACCCUCUAAUUAUUUCCCCUUCCAUAAUUUUCUUCCCAGUUCUAAUUACUUCUCUUUGUGAUUCCUAUGGCUAUUGCUGAGGUUGUAUCAGCUCAAACUGCACUUCAUGAGGAGAAAACUGAAGAAACGGUCAAGGAUCAAGAAACAACAGUAGAAGAGAUAGUUGCCGAAGCUCCUGCGGCGGCGGAGCCUGUUGCCGAAGAGAAGAAGGAAGCCGAGAAUGCAGCCGCUGUUGAGGAAGCGGCGGCAACCAUAGAAUCUGAAGCCUCAGUUGAAGUUGAAACCAAGGAGGUGGUAGAAGAAUCCAAAGUUGUCAUCCAGGAGCCAGUGGAGGCGACUCCCAAGGAAACAGUGCCGAAGUCAGUUGCCGAGGAGGAGAAUAAGGAAGCCACAGAGCCCGCCGUUGAAACCAAAGAAACUGCAGAGCCUAGUGAAACACCAGCUGAACCCGAACCCGAAACAGAAUCCGCUACCGAAGCACCCAAAGAAGAAGCCGAGAAGGCAGAAGAAGAAUAAGACGAAGCAAAACCA